UACAUAGGAAACAGCUGAAGAGUCUCCACAUGACACGGGGGGAAGGAGGAAGUGGGGCGGCCCGCGGGGCUCUGCAGCCGCUGCUCCGGUAGUCGCGGGGCUUAGGCAGCGGCCGCCGGCGAGGAGAGCCUUUCCCGCGACGUGUGGGCCGGCUGCCCUUGAAGGCGGCCAGUGCCUCAGUGCCACCGCUGAAGGAAGGCGGGCAGGGAGCAGGGGAGCGCCCCGCCGGGCCGCGCCGCCUCGCCGGGGAAGUUUGGUGCGGGGCGGGAUCCCGCCAGCCGCGGCGGUGGCGCCGGGCAUGAACGGCUUCGCCCCCGAGGAGGUGACCCAGCGCGGGGCAGACCCCGCCGCUGCCGCCGCGGUGGUGGGCAAUGCGGGCUCCGCCGUGGAGGUGCCGCCGCCUCCCGCGGCGCCGGGGCUGGGUCCGGCUGCCGCCGCGGGCUCGGCGAGUGCCGGGUGCGCGGGCGGCCCCGGUGCCGGGCAGCUGUGCUGCCUCCGGGAGGAGGGGGAGCGGUGCGGCCGCGCCGCCGGCAACGCCAGUUUCAGCAAGCGGAUCCAGAAGAGCAUUUCGCAGAAGAAGGUGAAAAUCGAGCUGGACAAGAGCGCAAGACAUCUGUAUAUUUGUGACUUCCACAAAAAUUUAAUUCAGAGUGUGAGAAAUAGAAGAAAGAGGAAAGGCAGCGAUGAUGAUGGCGACUCACCAGUGCAAGACAUCGACACUCCAGAGGUUGAUUUAUAUCAGUUACAAGUAAACACACUUCGAAGGUACAAAAGACACUUCAAGCUACAGACCAGACCGGGACUUAACAAAGCACAGCUUGUCGAAAUAAUUGGCGGCCAUUUUAGGACAAUUCCAGUGAAUGAAAAGGACACCUUAACAUACUUCAUCUACUCGGUGAAGAAUGACAAGAACAAACCAGAUCUAAAGAUGGAUAGUGGGGUUCAUUAGGCGGAAAAGGUUGGGACUCAGAGACUCAGGCUGCAAAUUAAAAGACUGAGGUUUUGUUGAUAUGCAGAAGCUUUCUUUGUAAUUUUUUUUCUCCUGAGAACAAUUGUCUCUGUUUUAUUUUUCAUAACCUUGCUGAUUUGUUUGAAAACCAUCUCUUAUGAAACAAAUUUCCUCAGCAAAAGUAUUUUAAAUAAACAUGACAGGUAUUGUUGCUCGAGUGGGUGUGUCUGUAACUUUAGUGAGUUGGACUUGAUGAUCCUGAUGGGUCCCUUCCAGCUCAGCAUAUGCUAUGAUACUUGUAUCUAAUAGUUAAGCUUUGAAUUAUGUAAUAAUAUUAAAAUAUUUUUCAAUUAAA